AUGUCCCCGGAAGUUUGGAACAAGAGACCCAAGGUCAAUGACAGUUCAAACCCACAGAAUGCGACGAACGACUCUCACAUUCAAAUUGAACUGGCAACUCCAACAUAUCAAUAUACCACGGAAGACAAGAAAAAAUUGAUUGCUCUGAUGAGCCAGUGCCUCGUUAGAUACGGUUGUCCCAGUCAUCGAAUAGAAUCGUCUCUAGAACAAACCGCAAGAUUUCUCUCAGUAGACGCCGCCUUCUCCUACGUUCCUGGACAAAUGAUGAUUUCUUUUGGUGGUGUCUCAAUGAUUGAUUCGCAAACCGUCUUGAUUAAAGUUCACCAGGGUUACGACAUAAAAAAACUGGCCGACGUUGACGACGUUGCCAAUGCCCUUUGUCGAUCAGAAUUACAUGUGGGCGACUGCUUACUCAAGCUCGAGGAAAUUGUGAACUCUCCACCGACGUGGGGCUCAUAUGGUACAAUAGUAGCCUUUACCAUGUGUAGCUUUACGGCUUGUCUUGUCAUGUUUGGCGGGUCCUGGACUGACUCUACUGUCGCUGGUGUGCUCGGAUUUUUAGUUGGCGCACUUAAUGUCAUGGCAAGUCAGCAUUCAGUGUACAGCAACGUGUUCGAAGUCUCUGCUUCUGCCGCUGUUGCUUUGAUAUCUCGUUCUUUGUUUCAGUGGGUCUGCUUUUCCAAAGUUGCUAUUUCAGCUGUCAUUGUUCUUCUCCCAGGCUACAGUAUGACAGUCGCAGUGAUGGAACUAUCUGCACGACAGAUUGCUGCUGGUACCAUACGAUUCGUCUACUCUGUCAUAUAUGCAUUUAUUCUAGGUUAUGGGCUACAGAUUGGAAGCAGCCUUUACGGUACCAUCAAUCCCAACUCAGACUCUACCGGCCAUUGUAUGCCUGGGGUAUCUGAGUGGUUCUACAUCCCAUUUCUACCUUUCUUAGCGAUAUCCAUCGCUAUGACUUUUGGUGCUUCCGCUAAGCAAUGGCCUUCCAUGAUCUGCUGCAGUAUUAUUGCUUUCGUCAUCGUCUUCUUCCUCAACAAGGUCAUAAGCGAUUAUCAAAUCGCCGCAAGUAUUUCGGCAUUUGCUAUUGGCCUAUAUGCAAAUCUUGCUCUCAAGGUGACCAAGACACCACCUUUGGUACCACUAAGUUGCGGCAUUACUCUUUUAGUCCCUGGAGGCAUCGGAGCUUACCAUUUGCUAAUGGACGAUGAUCCGGACGGCAGUGCUUUUGCACUUCAUAUGGUCGUGGUUGCAUUAGGAAUUGCCGUCGGGUUAUUUGCGAGCACCAUGAUCAUUUAUCCAAGAAGUAAACGACGGUCCAUCUACGUCUCAAUGUAA